AUGUGCCUCUUAGACGCUAGAUGUAGAUGUGAAAAUGGCUAAUGCAGCCAUAUUGGUAACUAAAUGCCAUUCAACUAAUUGUUUAAUCCUCAAUUCCUUAAUCAAGAUGCCUUCUAGGUCCUUGAUUAAACUAAGAAGUUACUUAGCCAAAAGACCGAAAUUAUCAAUCCUAUUGUAAAAAAAGUGAAGCGCGAAAAUGACUUUAUUCAAUAAGCUGAACAAAACGAAAAUGUUAACAAUCUCAACAGUAUGGUUGCUGAAAAUGUUGAUAAUUCCAACUUCUAAUUCUAAUAGAAUUUGCUUCCUUUACUCAAUUAAUUCUAACCCAUCAAGCCUGUUAACUAUGGAAUUGCAAAUACUUCCGCUGUUGCUGCUAACUAAACUCAAUAAAACAACAAUUCUAUCCAAAACAGCUCUUUCCUUAUCAAGCCUUCACCUUUCUAGGCUUCUAAUAAUGGAUUACCUACUGUUUCAAAUAAUUUAGAAACUCUUUUGAAAGAUAUGUAAGCUAGAGUUAUGGGUAUGUUCGCUUUCCAAAGCAAAAUGUUAACUGAAUUGUAAGAAAAGAGCAACAUGCAAGCUUAAACAAUCAAUUUAUUGUUCGAUGAAGUCAAACAAUUAAAGAAUAUUGUCCAAAAUUAGAAAACUGAUUAACCAGCAGAAGUCACUUGCUAGCCUAUAUAUACUUAAAUUGCUGCUUCAAGCGAUACCUGCUCAUUGGGCGGUCCUAUUUCACCUUAAGGAUUAAUUUAAUACCUUUUCAAGAAGAAAGAAUCUGACUACAAGUACAAGCUUAUCUUGAACAAUCCUCUUGAAUAACCCCUCUAUAGAGAAAGAAAUUUCAACAUUAAUGUCAGCUUGGUAGACAGAGACGAUAAUGCCGUUUCUAAUAACAAUCGUAUUCCUCUCAAUAUUUCAAUAUACACCUCUGAAAAUCCCCCAAAAUUCAUUGAUACCAACACUUCUGGUAAUAAAAUAUUGAAGGGAUUCACUGAAAAGGAUUUAUAACAAGGCUAAAUAACAUUUGACAAAAUAUAGAUUAAGGAAGUUACUAGCCACUUCCGUAAUGGCUGGGUUUUUAUCGUUAUAUUCCCCAAAUAACUUAAUUACGAAAGUGGAAAAUCUAUCCACCGUAAGGACGAUAUUGAUAUCAAUGAAAUUAGACCUCUCAUUAUUGAAAAAGUUGUUGUCAAAGCCAAAAAGCUUAAAGAAGGAAAGAAAUAAAAGGAUGGUAACAAUAGUAAUGACGACUCUAAAGAAUAAUCAAAUGAAAAGAUCGAAGAUAAUUGA